AUGCGAGUGUUUGGACAGGCAAAGCCCGGCCGUACCGCCCCCACGGGGCCCGGCAACGGGCAAACCGGCGAGCCCCCGUACCAACCCACUUUUGUCCACCAGGAUAGCACAAGCGACGAUGAAGACCACGUGCAUGAGAACAACCCAGACAUACAUGUGGCGUCCUCACACAAGGGAAAGGCGUAUGAUCAUGAUGAGACCGCAUCACGCCCUGAAGGAGUAUGUGGUGCAGGAGAUGCAAACUUACAUGACAAGGCAGCGAACAAAAGCACAGACUCCAGCCGUACUUUCUGCCGGUGCCACUACAUCGCUACUACAGUUGCCAUUGUCGCCAUGGUCCUUGCACAUGUCCUUGUGAUCCUGUAUGUGGACGCUCGGUUAAAAAGAAUGGACGAGCGAGUGAACAUCACCGUGGCAGUCACAGUGAGCAACGUCUUGGAGAAGCAUCUUCACGAGAUAAAGUCAGCUUUCCCUGUUGGACCACGCGGACCGAAGGGAACAGCUGGAUCCCCUGGAAAGGAUGGGUCACCUGGGUCUAUCGGACCGGUGGGGCCUCCUGGGUCUAUGGGGCCACUGGGGCCUCCUGGGAAGGCUGGGGCACCUGGGUCGAUCGGGCCGGAGGGCUCUCCCGGGAAGACUGGGCCACCGGGGCAGAAGGGACUCGAGGGCUCUCCCGGGAAACCUGGGUCACCCGGGCAGAUCGGGCCAGUGGGGCCUCCCGGCAAGAAUGGGACACGUGGGCGGGCCGGGCCGAAAGGAACAGCUGGGUCCAAAGGAAAAGAUGGGCCACCUGGAGCCGUGGGCUCUCCUGGGGAGGCCGGGCCACCUGGGCCAAAGGGUUCUCCUGGUUGGACAGGGCCACCUGGGCCAAAGGGUUCUCGUGGGGGGAGUGGGCCUCCUGGGCCAAAGGGCCCUCCUGGGUGGAGAGGGCAACCUGGGCCAAGGGGUUAUCCUGGGCCUCCCGGGAAAACUGGCUCACGUUGGGGAUCGGGAUAUAACAUAGUACAGAUCGCGGGAUAA